AUGUCUAUCCAUCUGUCUCGCUUUCUUCCAAGAAUUCCUGAAGUAAAAGGAGGUAAUGGCUUUGAUGGGAAAGGAAUGAGAAGACAGAAUGGAGGAGAAGGAGGAGGAGGAAAAUUAAAUGAAGAAAGGGCAGAGGAAGACAACUCUGGCCCACGCACCGUGCGUCCAAGCAGGACAUCACGUGGUAGAGGAGGAGGAAGAAACACAAGCAGGAGAAAGAGCAGGGAAGGAAGAGAGAGAGAGAGAGGGAGGGAAAGAGUGGAAGGUAGAGAUGAAGAGUUGAAGAAGACCAAGGAAGAGAUUUUAACACGAUUGUCAGUGUUAUUGGGCAGCCAGUAUGAACGAAUCGUUCAGUUUGCAGAGUCCAUACCAGGCUUUGGGGAUUUUAGUAAAGAGGACCAGAGGAUUCUAUUGCAAAUUGGUGGUCUAGAGGUUAUUCUAUUACAAUUGUCACAGAUCUAUGACCACAAGUCAAAGUUACUUAGGGUGUGGGAGGGGCUGUGGCUAUCACCUGAGCAAGCCAGAAAACUUACAAGUGACUUCAAUCUGGCUGUGUUCUUUGAGCUUUUGUUCAGCCUGGCGGAGAGCCUUCACGGGAUGCACCUGAGAGAGGAAGACAUCGCUGUCUUCUCUGCGCUCCUCCUCCUCGCCUCAGAUUUACAAGGACUAAAACAGAAGAUGCAGGUGGAAGCCCUACAAGACAAAGUACUGAGUGGCUUUGCCUACAUGCUCUCUCAGAACCAUCGCUGUAAGCCCAAUCUCCUACCCCAGGUACUCAUGUGUAUGCCUACACUACGGACCAUCAGCACCAGUUACCUGGAGCUUACAGCAGUACCACGCCACACCAUGGUGGCACCACCACCACCGGACUCCACAGCCAUGGCCAUGAGGCUGUUCUGAAGUUGAGCCAAAGGUGGCAUAACUAGAUAAGUAGAUAGUAUGUGUGUUGAAUCGGAUGAGCCUUCAGACUGCAAAGACAUUGUGCAAAUCCUCUCUGGGGGUUCAUCUUUGGAGACUUUUUUGUGGGAUUGCAGCUCUGGAAGGGCACCUGUGGAAGACAAUAUCAAGUUUGUUCACAGAAGACGGUGUUGGGGGUGCUCCUUGAAGCAGUGGUGACCAAGAUAUUCUGCAUGUUGGUGUAUUGAGGUGAAUCAUCAAAGGCAAAAGGACAUUCAGCAGAGCUGGCCGUAUUUCUGGGUGAAUCUUCAAGCCAGAGGAAGAAGGAUGUAUUCCAGAGUUGGGCAUAUUUCUAGGAGUUUGUGAUGAAUCCCAAGACUGAUUUUGGGAGUUCCGCAGGGAAGCAUUUGUUGCCCAGACUCAAAGAAACAUCUUUUUCUGUAAAGGAACCUUAGCUUUCCUGAAAGGCACCUUGGUGAAGCUAGCAACCAUGGGGAACGUAGAACAUUGAAAUUUUCUUUCAUCAUCAAGCUAAUGAGGAAAUUGCAGCACCUUAAGAUCUGGGUGGAUAUCAGCUGGUCUGCAUCCAAUUAACAAACCCUGGGAAUAUUUAUGACAUGACUGUUUGGGGUCGAAAAAAGACUUUCCUAGGAGUUAUCUUGAUUUUUCAGAUUUCAGGACAAUCACCGCUGCAAUUGGUAACAAGAGUUGUAUUCAAGAAAUGCAGUAAUAGUUGGAUAUUUCAUAGAGCAAACUUUUGCAGAAUGUUCUCAUAACCAGAUCUAAAGAGCGGGAUAAAAAAGGGCAAAUCUCCUGCAGAUGAUAUAUAUCAUCUCUUUACAGUGACAGUUGAAGGUUUUGAGUCUGCAAAGUAGUACUGAUUCAAACAAAUCCCAGGUCAUGCUGUCGUCAGCACUGGGCUUCUUUUCUUCACAAUGGACAAGGCGAUUUUUCAGGUUGAAUGUCUGAUUUUUUUAUGCAUAGAUGUGUGAUUUUGAGCCCGAGAGGGCUUUGUAAGCAAUAGAAAACAGAGGGAAUUCAGGCCAUUCUGAACGUGUGUUGAUGUAACCAUGUGCCGUUAUGGCACCGAUAUGUCAGUGAAAAUGUUAGAAGAAGAAAGUAUCUCUUGUAAUAUUGUUUUAUUUGAAGCCAAGUGCAAGCACUGUUUUUGUUAGCACAGCACACAAUGCAAAGAAAGGGUUCCAACAGGGUAUGUAGGUCUUUUUAAGGUAGGGAUAGCAAAAAAAUCUGUUCUAUAAGCCAUAAAUGAACUGUAAAAAAUAUGAAAACUCUUGCUUAUCAUGAAUCCAUUCCAUUCUGACACAGGUAAAAAUAUAAUGAUUUGCUGUUGAAAAUAAAGUUAAACUUUCAACAUUUUUUUUCAUUGAAACUCUUAAGCCCUUGAGAUAACACUGUCCUUGUUUUUUUAAUAUGCACCUAAAAUUCUGUGGUUAUCUUGUAAAUGGAGGUAUCAAAUAAAUGAAAGUUUGAAUGUUCAUUAUCACUUUUGGCAGCCUGAACAUCUCUAAAGAUUUUAUCACAAAGCAUUUUCUUGGAACGUAUAAUUGUCUUUGAUAGAUGACUAAUAUAUAAUGAGUAUCCAUUUGAGAUAGGUAGGCGUGGCAUAAAUCAAUGGCAAGUGUUAUUUUCAACUUUUCAAUCAAUAUAUCAAGGUUAACAACAGGAAAUCUAUUAAACUUUACAUCGCAUGAAGCAGAAAAAUUUGUAAUUGAUUACUGAUAAACAAUUACUCUGAGGACCGUUGGGCUUGGAAUUGUUGGGGUUUUUUGCAGCUCCCUUUUUUCCCCCCUAAUCUGUGUAUAAAUGGCUCUGGGCCCCUGAUCGUUCCAUGCAUAAAGAGAUAUAGAAAUGAUAUGAUAAGAGAAGCACAAUUUACAAAGGUACCAAAAAUAAUGUUAUUAUGUAUUGUUUUAUAUCAUUUACUGUACUGUGAAAAGUUUUAUCAGUGGCCAAGUUAUAUAAUAUUUAAGACAGCAGUGUAAAUAGUGAAUAACAUAUAAAAAAAAUGACAUCUACGAUUUGAAAUUCUGAAGGGAGUGAUAUUUGACUGUGUAUUGAUGAAAACAGACGGCCUUUUUUUCGCAGAAUGCGCCUGUGACGAAAGCUCUCAAAAUCUGGUCUCAUUGUGAAGAUUUUUAUUCCAUUUUCCUUGUUGGAAGUUGGAAUAGAUUGUAGUAUCAAAGAUUGUUUUCUUUUUUUUAUGUUUUGUUGACAUAUUUUUUUCAGCCUCCUCUGAGGUUGAGCCCAUGCUUUAUACCUUGCUUCCUAUUUGGCUGCAAAACAAGCUCUUACACUUUUGGAAUCAAUACUUAACAUAGGAAUGUAUUGUUUAAUGAUUUUAUAUCAUAAACACCCACAUGACAUCAUGAGAAUGAAAAAGGAAAAUGAUAACCAUAUUUUGUUUGAAAAUAGAGAUCAGAAAUAGAAAUUCUCAAAAAAUUCAUUUUGCCCAGGUGAUUGUUAGCCUGGUAGCCACUGCACAACGCCAGAUCGACGUAGCUCUGUAGUACCAACUCCCAUCUUUGAUGUCUUUUUGUCUGACGAUCUCCCGGUUGUGAGGCGGACGCUCUACCAAAUGAGCCAACUUACCGGUUAGCAAAUGCAAAGGCGUACUCUUUCUUUUUGCUAUUCUUUAUUUGUCUUGAAAUGUACAAACUGAAAUAUAAAGCUGAAAGAUUAAAAAAAAUUUCAUGACAUUUUGGAAAUGAAUGUUUCAAAUAGAUUUAUCGCUAAAUCCUUCAGAAGUAUUAAUUAAGUUAAUUUGAGCUAUUAUUUAAAAUGAUAUGUGUCUUUUAUAAAAGAUUCAGUCAUUUGCAUUUAAUUGGUAUUCAAAGAGAGGUGACUGAAGUAAUAAAAAAGAAGCAAAACUAGAAAAUAAUGCUUAUCUUUAUUUCAAUUUAUUAUAUUUAUUAAUUGGUUUUCCUAUAUCUAUCAAAAUAAUAACCAUCUUUUUGACAGACCAGUUGAGGCUUAAAUACUAAAGGAUGCUCUUCAAAAGCAGAAAAUAUACCACUUUCAUCGUCGGCUAACCUAAUUAUUCCUCAUACAACAUGUAUGAGAUGAUUACUUUACAUGUACUGAAUUUUUAGUCUUUGGAAGCAGCACUAGAAGAGUAUGCACGAGUAAUCAAUUAAAUUUCUUACUUGCACUUUAUGGAUGUAGGCAAACGUGAGUGAUAUGUUGUCAAAAAUGUAAUUUAGGAGGAUUUUUCAGAUCGCUACCUGCCUGUAAUGGUUGAAAACUAGACUCAGGAUAAAAUUUCUUUUUGUAACUUGUUGACUAUCUAGAUGAUCAAUGUUUUUGUUGAUUCUUUUGAUGUCUACACAGUACGCAAUGAGCCUGUCAUUAUUUUAUUACUGGACUUUUUCUUAUGGUUACAUACUGUCAAGAGGGUUUGUUUGAUCUUCAAUGGUAUCUGAGAGGAAAGAAACGCAGUGUCUAUUUUUUUAUACAUCGAGUCUACCUACCUUAAGCCGAAUCUGUUUUUUCAUGUAUCUUCAUACAAAAAAAACAACUCACGUCUUCAUUCAUUCUUCAAACUUUUUUUUCUACAACAGAGGCUGCAAUCUUGAAUGCUGCAUUGUAAAAAGUGACUGAGGAUUUGUUAUUUUGAAUAAUAUGUGUGAGAGAGUAAAAUAUUGUAAUUGUUUAGAUAUGAGAUGAAAGACAUAGUUUCACUUGCUCUAUCUCUCUUUUUUCCUUAUUUUUUUAAUAGUUAUUUUCCUUUCUCUAUGAAUUUUCUGUACCAGCGCAAAACUAAACGAGGCUGAUUUUUUUUUUACUUGUCAUUAUCACUGUUCAAAAACCCACUUUCACCCGACAAAGGAAAUUUCAUAGUUUCCAGUUCGUUAAAUAAUAAAUUUCAUAGUUCAAUAAUAAAUUUCAUAGUUUCCAUUUUGUUAAAUAUCAGGGUAUUUCCACAUAUCUGUGUAUGAUAUUUUUUUAUCACUGUUUUAGUAGCACCAUUAAUAAAUUCUAAGGAUGAUAUGAUAGUAUAUUAUAUGAUAAUAAUUGACAAUGUUGACUAAAAUUUGAGACCAACAAAAUUGCACAAAUUUCUCUUGUGAAAUUGUCCUUCAUACCCCCUCUUCUGAUUACACAAAAGUAGGGACCAACAUACAGUGGUAUCAUUUAAAGCACUAACUUUUCAAAAUGCUUUAAAGCUGUUGUUGAUAUCCAUGGUACAAUGAUUAUGAAAUUCCCAAGAAGUUCAGGAGUAUUAUAUAAAUUCAUGUUUUAAUAGUGAUGUUGUUAAUCGCUGCAAGGACGCCUUUAAACACCACUCUUUUGCAAAUCACAUGGACAUAAAACUGCCUUAGCAGUGCGCAUAAGUGCAUUGCGUAAGGACGUUUCUGCACCAAUGU